AUGUCCACCUCCAACAACCACGCUGUCAGCAAUGGCAACAGCACCCCCAAAGAGCCCACCUUCUACCACAACUCCGCUGAGCUCUUCGAUCUGGGCAUAACCCGCUUCGACCAAGACACCGCCGCAAUCGGCGACCGCGACUUCGCGCUCCACGCCCAAGGCCCCGUCCUCGCGCGCGCCGGCCGAGCGCCCCGCGGCCUCGAAAGCCAAGUCCACGCCUGGAACACAUUCCAAUACACUACCGAAGAAGUUAAUGAGCGUGAAGAGCUCAAGGGAGAUCUGCAUGGCGGACAGUUGCAUCGCGAGAAUAGGGCGGCUGCGGGUGGGCAGGGCGCGGGCGGUAUGGGUGGCGGUGGAGGACGAGGCUUUGGCGGUGGUUAUGGAGGUAGAUGUGGGGAGAGGGGCGGUCGCGGUGCGGCUAGGGGUGGUAGAGGUGGUGGUGUGGGACGUAGUGGGAGGGAUGAUGGAAUGUUGGAGGGGCUGUGUGCGGGUAGGAAGCCGGAUUAUGAUUGUCCACCCAUGGCAAAGGGGAUGGCGGAAGAGAUGGAUAGGAGUAUGUUUUGGGACGGACCGAUCGUCUAG